UCAUUCGUCUUGAUGAGAGCGGAGCGGGAGACCGUCUCCUGUGUACCUAUAUUAUAGCUCCAUGAAUGAAAAACACAAAUGCCUAAGAGAAAAUUCCUGUCAUCUGUAACUUCAAGAUUAAGAACAAGAUCAUCAAAACAAGCUGGCGACUGGUUUCAGAAGCAGGAAGGCCUGCUUUCCCACAUUUCUCAUCGUGUUACGCGCUUCCUGCACAAUACAGUGUGUAACAUGAGAAGAUGACACAAGAAAAGAGGUGUGAGUGGCAAGGAAAUGAUGAAGAAGACAGAGGUGAUGGAGAAUGAAAAGAAAGUGGUGGUGACAUGUGUGGACAGCAGUGGUGUGAGGGACCUACAACGUGUCCUCAUUCCUGCACCACUACUAUUAAACAUUGGGGGGUGUCCUGGGGGGCAUGUGAAGUUACAACUCACACCUCAGACAGCUGUGAUAUGCCGCACUGCACCUCUUGUUGAUUCCUGCAGUAACUAUGGGUACCAGGUAGUUGCAUGUGGUUGUGUGGUGGAAGGCACAGAUGCACUCAACGUCCACACACUCACCACAAGUGAUAUCACCACUUUGGAGGCCGUGGUAGUAACUGUAGUGAAGGUCACGGUUAUAGUGAAAACAGUGAAGGAUGUACUAAGUUACCGUAAGAACAAACCAGCAUUUUUAUCAUCACUACACUCACUCCUAGCACUGUAUGCUUUGACAAAUAACUCACGAAUAUACUUACACAACAAUCCCUUGGCUGACCUGCUUGGUCUGACUCUGGUGGAGGUCAAGGCUUGUAAGGGGGUUGGGGCAGGUCAAAUAGGAUCACUAAGAGCAGAGACAAAGGUGGAGGUGGUGUCCAUGGAGAGUGAGGAUCGCAGGAGGCUGUCAGUGCGUUGCAAGGCUGAGUUAGGAGGGCUGGAUGACAUCCUUGGCCAUUUACGCUCUCUUGUGGCUGAGCCCUGGACCAGACGGGAGGAGUUUGGCCAGUUGGGUGUUAUUUAUCCUUCAGGUGUGCUGCUGGUAGGUCCACCAGGAUGCGGCAAAACAUCCCUGGUUCGACAGCUAUGUGCAGAGACCGGGGCAUGUCUGGUGGCAACAGCUGCAGCUGAAUUGGUCUCACCAUAUGAGGGAGAGGCAGAGAGGAGGUUCAGGGAGGUGGUGGAGCAAGCUGUGGCCCUGAGUGAGGAGGGGCCAUGUGUAUUGUUUAUAGACGAGAUUGAUGGCUUGUGUCGGGCUCGGACAGAGGAAGCCAGUGUGUCAUCUCUCCGGCUGACCUCUCAGGUUCUGCUUGCCUUAGAUGAGUGUCAUGGCCUCCCGAACCUGACCCUGCUGGCUGCUACCAACCGCCCCUUUGACCUUGACCCAGCUGUCAGGAGGUCAGGUCGCCUGGAGAUUGAGAUUCUUCUAAGUGCCCCAAGUCAGACUGAGAGGCAGAGCAUUCUUUCUGUGCAUUGCAAAGCCCUUCUUCCCCAACACUGCCCUACUCCCGACCUGCCCCAACUGGCUUCCCUCACUCCAGGCUUUGUGGGGGCUGACCUGCAGGCUGUGGUUGCUUCUGCUGCUACACAUCUGUCUGAUUGUCAGGAAGCAGCCACCGAGAAAUCAAUUGCAGAAGUCUUCACCAAGGCUAUUUCCUCCAUCACUCCUAGCCUUCAUAAGACUCUCAACUUCAUCACAGCCAAACCUUCUUCCUCCCCUGCCCCAGCUGGCCUUGCCGACACUAGACACCUUCUUGAUAACAUCCUCACACAGCAUCUUGAGUUUUCAUGGGCCUAUGAUGCUCUGAAAUUGAGGAGGCCUAGAGGUGUGCUAUUGUAUGGGCCGAGAGGAUGCGGCAAGACCCGUUUAGCUGCUUCUCUGGCUGCCUCCCGGGGCUGCACCUUCAUUACAGCCACAGCAGCUCACCUCCUCUCACCAUAUGUUGGAGAAUCAGAGAAGAGAGUGGCAGCAUUGUUUCAUGCUGCUCGUCUUGCCCAGCCAACUGUGCUCUUUAUUGAUGAGAUUGAUGGCAUCUUCGGAUCCCGUGAGUCUCAUGGCAGCAGCAGUGUGGCAGUGAGUCUGUUGAAUGAACUCCUACAGGCACUGGAUGGGGCUGAGGUCAGUGCCACCAGUCUGCAGGGUGCCUCUCUGCUGGCACACACCAACAUCAACACCACUGGCACACAGGAUGGAGUGUUGGUUCUGGCUGCCACCAAUCAUCCCACAGCCCUGGACCCAGCACUGCUACGGCCAGGGAGGUUUGACCGGCUGGUGUUUGUUCCACUGCCAGACACUGAGGCCCGGCUAGAUAUACUAAAGGCCAAGACAAAAGGCAUGGAGCUAGAGGAGGAGGAAGUACUACAGCAAUUGGCCAAGGAAACUGAAGGAUUUACUGGAGCUGAAUUAGAGAACCUGGUGCAAAAAGCAUUGGUAUUGGCAUUGCGUGAGGGUGGCAUGGUGAAGAAAGUUGCAGAUGAGGUGGUAGUGGAGGCCAAGCAUCUCUGGGCUGCUCGACACACGCUUGCACCUUCCCUCACAUCUGCUGAGAUGAAGGCAUACCUAGAUUUCAAGCAGGCUGUUAGUGGCAGGUGACUGUGUGUGUGUGUGUGUGUGUGUGUGUGUGUGUGUGUGUGUGUGUGUGUGUGUACCUAUAAAAAUUAGAAGAAUUCAGUGUGCAAGGGCAGAAAUUAUCAUAUAAAUUAAAAUUUACUCUUUAUUCUUAAAAAGAUGCAUACAGUAACCCCCUGCAAUAUCCAGACAUUCAGGAAUCCAGCUCAUCAAUAUCCAGACACAGGCACGCUAGGUGCCAGCACUAUCAGAUCAUGUCUAAUGUCAGGAUCACUGCUUCUGUGUCUGACAGUGAAAGUGGUGGUGACAAAGAUGACUCAGAGGAUGCAGCUUCUCCAUCCAUACCCCAUUUAAGCACUGUGUGGGAUGCCUUUGACAGUAUACUGGAGUUUGCUGAGCACCCAGAUUAACAGAAAUGUUAAGCCUUGAGUUUGUGGAGCAACUGUGUUCUCUGUGUGAUGCCGUCAUCCACUGCCCAAACUGUUGGUCCUGUCGCCAGGUCACGAUCAAUUCAUUCUUCAGGGCUGGUAUUUAUACAAGUGCUAAGAAUGGUCUUAGCUCAAAGAAAUGCUAAAUUAUUACUAAGCAUGUGUUAUAGAUAAAAUGUCUCAAACCCAUGAUCUGCUGAGUGUGAUUUAGACAUGCCUUAGCAGACAAGAUGUAAGCCACCACUUGAGGUAGCUCAAGGUGAUUAAGGCAGUGCUCAGACAACAACAACAACAAAUAUGGCUGACAUGGUUGGGUCCAUGUAGUUACAGGGGACUGUACUUAAGUCCAAGUACCUAGAUAUUUUUCAAAUAUAAGUAGUCGCUUUUCCAUGGACUUAAGUCCAAGUCCAUGUCGUCGUACUUAAGUACAAGUACUUUAGGUGAUAAAAAAAAAUCCUGUCACAGAUUCAUAAAGCAUGAAAGUUAGUAAUUUUAUACAUAUACACAUUAAUGAGUACACUGUCAAGAAGUGGGAUAUAAUAUAGAAAAGUAAGUGGAAAUUCUACCUUUAUUUUAUUUUAGCGUGACAGGAAUAGAAGUGUUCACACUUGUUGAGUAAUGUGGUGCUGUACUGGCCCUGUCUGCUGUACCUUGUUACCCAUUGAGAAAAUACUAUUUAAUUAUGUUUCUUUAUCCUAUAUUACCCUACAAUAUCACAACGCUCAUUGUAUAUGUUUACCCAAUUACCAAUUUAAUCUAUUUAUUUUAUUUAUUUUUAUUUAUUUAUUUUUUUUUUUUCAUUUAGACCAGUUCUAUGUUCCUUAGUGGUUAAUUGAGAAGAGUAAUGCAUUUGUUUUUCUUAGUUUUUCUAUCGAUCAGUUUUAUUGUGUUCUGUGAUCAUUUAUUUAUUUAUUUAUUUUUUUUUUUUUUCAUUGAAAUAUGUGGCCAAGAACACAGCAUAUAUGUUUGGUGGCAGCUUUUCGGAAUGUUUUUUCUUCAAUUCCUAGAUGAACCCAUGUGUCUUAGUUAACCAGAGAUUAAUUUAUUUAGUAAUAACAUUCUUGGAUACAGCUUAAUUAAGCUUAAGUUUCCUAGCUGUUGUGUAUUUUUUGUGAGUAAUUAUCUUUCACUUUAAUGUUAUGCUUUACACUGAUGUGUUUUAGUGAUAGUUGUCAGGUAUGCAAGUAGUGGGUCAGUGGUUCAAGCCACCAUAACGGUUCCUAUACCUCUCCCUCCACACACACACACACACACACACUUUUGGACAGUUGGAGGGCCUGCAGUUGAAAAUGUAUGUGUGUGUGUGUGUGUGUCUGUGUGUGUCCCGUAGGAAAGCAAUAGUAAAAAUAAGAGUAUAGGUAAUAUACCUGACUGUAAAAUUAAAUACUUUUCUAAGAUUA